AUGGUUAUCCUGUCAAAGCCAGGAUUGGCCUGGCGAUUAUGGGGUGGUGCUGAGUCCGUCACAGCAAGAGAGCCAGACCUUGACAUGUUUACUGUAACAUCCCCUCAUGAAAAGACACUUUUGCGUCAUGGGCUAGAGGCAUUCCGGUCUCUGCAGGAUAAAGAUCAGGAUUGCUUCAAGAAUACGGCCAGGAUCUUGCAUCAUGGAUGCCGCUCCCUUGCAGCUUCAAAGCACGAUCGAGUCAAGUAUGCAGUGAUGCUGACCGUGUGUGAACUAUCUACAACUAAUCUGCCUGUACCCCGCGAAUGCUACAAUCUUCCGCAAAAGAAGCAAGAAUGCGUCACUCAGCUGGCCAGUGUGCCGCAGACAUGGACAACAUUCAGUGGUUAUUUCCGCGACGCAGAAAUGAUGUGCCUUGCCAUCCGGUACCCUGUAGAACGAGAGCAAUUGGAGGAGCUACAUCGCAAUUUAACGAGGGAGCAGCUCAACAACCUCGAAGCUUUACGUAUUCAGCAAGAACAAAUCUUUGAAUGGCGAGAUAAAGAAAUGGCCGAUCUAAAAGAAAUUCAAAAGGCGCAGCAAGCCAUGUGGGAUCAAUGGACUAAACGUUUUGAGAACGUACAAGAACAAACUCAAAUCCUCUCUAGCCUUGUUCGUGUAAUGCAACAACGGCUGGAGUUGAAGCAAAGCCAUCAACUAGCCCAGUUUGAACAAUUCGAUACGCUGGUGCAACAACGCAUGACGCGCAUUUGGGAAGACAUGGAGCUUGGUUUGGUACAUGCGUUGCAUCAGUUACACACAGGUGUCGAACAGACCCUGAUGCUCCAGAGACAAAUGCAAACUGGCUGGUUUGCUUUUCAGGAGGAUUGGAAACAGGCUUGGUCGUACUUGAACUCCACAAUCGUAGAUACCAAACACUCGGUUCACGCACUCCAAAAGGACAUUGAUACUGCCCAUCGUCAGUUUCAAACCAUCCUCAGCCCGUUCAACUUCAAACGAGAGCCUUAUCAAGUACAGCUAGAAGAAAUCUACUUGGGAGGUUAA